CAGGUAUUGGAUAUUGUAUGAAAGCUAAAGUUCAAACGGUAGCGUUGCAAUGGUCCGCAAAUUAAAGUAUCACGAACGAAAAUUGCUAAAGAAGGUCGACUUUAUUAACUGGGAAUGUGACAAUAACUUACAUGAAGUUAAAAUUAUGCGACUGUUUCACGUCCAGAAACGCGAAGACUACACACUUUACAAUAAACUCUCUCGAAAAAUCAGAGAAAUUGCGGAAAAACUUAAGAAUAUCAAUGAAAACGAUCCUUGGAGGGCAGAAAUGACUGAACUACUGACAGCAAAGUUACACAACUUAGGUUUGAUACCAACAAAAAGGAGUCUUAUGUUAGCGUCGAAAGUCAAUGCCUCUUCAUUUUGUCGAAGACGGCUUUCAGUUAUUGUAAUGCGUUCAAAAAUGGCAGAAACAAUGAAAGCAGCUGUGACAUUUGUUGAGCAAGGACAUGUUCGUGUGGGCCCAGAUAUCAUACGAGACCCAGCAUAUCUAGUUACAAGUUCAAUAGUAAACUGUUGUUUUUGAGAUGCAGAAAACUGUCUCAGAGAUUCUUUGUACCUGUCUUGUAUUAUUUCGAAGGAUUCACAGAGAUUAUCUGCAAACAGGCUGCAGCUUGCUACAAGAUAUAUGAAAAUUUUCCUGGUUAUGAACUUCGGUUAAGCGAAUACAUAUGAAUAUAUUUUUCCAAUAUAUCUAACAUUAACUGUAUGAUUGAAGAUUCAGUCAGUUGUAAGCAACACAGAAACUGGCACAUAUCUGUUCAAGUUGCCACACAUAUGCAUAAUAAGAUGAGUACUAAAGUAGUAAAUGUAGCAGUAGUGACGGUGAAAAAAAAAUAGAUAUAGAGAAUAUAAUUCGCGAAAAAUGAAUGACUUUGCAGAACGAAAGGUUUAAAAUAGUUUGAGGACUCAAUCUAGGAGAAAGACGUAGUAUAAACUCGUCGACGAUGUUGCUGUCAGUUCUGAGUUAAGUCACCAGCCACUAGUCACAAUGAUCACUUGAACCCCAGACAGGUGGUCUACAUUUCCAGAAAAAGGCUCAAUCUAAAAUUCAGUGGCCUUAUGGACCUAUAACAUGUCUUAGUCUGGCUACCCUUAGUUUUCUUCCAGCCAAUUGUUAUGCCUAUGAUUAACUAUUUGAAUUGUAUUUGUAAUAAGAACUGAUUACGAUACUGUUAGUUUUCUACUGUAUACCUUAAACAACAUAAUACAUCUAGCUGAAUGAGAUUUGUAUGGGUUGUGAUCUCUACCUGGACCAUAGAUUUUUAUAAUUUUUCUCUCUUAUUAGUCCAUUAGUACUGUCAUCUUAUUUCCUAUGAAUCGUUUGUGGGUGCCCUGUUGUACCACGUAUUUGGUCAUGAGAAAAAAGACAUUUCAUGUAUCAAAUCACAUUAUUGCUGUAGUCAUUACUGACGAAUCCCAAGCAUUGAAUCGUGUGGCUAACAUGUUAGUCCGUUUUUAUUUCCAAAUUUGCCGGCAGAUCUAUGGAAGACUAUAUAACUUGGGGAUCUCGAUCGAAAAUUCAUAAACGAAUUGAGGAUUAUAAUGGAUUGCGAGAUGAUUAUGAUGAUGUGUGACAAAUUGUGAGUAUAUAGUACUAUACAUAAAUCAUUAUGACUACAAGUUAUAUAUUUUCUUGGAAUAUAUAAUUGAAAUUACUCCUUCGAAAAUUCUUGAGUUUUUACUGCAGAUUCAUGCCAAGUUCGCUAUUUCGGACGUAAGAAAUACAAAGGUCUUACCGCCAUCCGACAAAAUUACCAACACACUGUCGCUCAAAUCUGUAAAUUUUCGUGAACUCUUUGACUUGUGUAAUCUUUAUAGUGUAGUGUAGGUGAUCGUAAUAUAAUG